UUGAGCUGAGCAGUGAGCUGUCUAAAAGUUGACACUUGACAGUAAUUUAUAAAUACAUUUCAUACACAUUUGAGGGAAGUAAAAUUUAAAAACCAGAUACAAUGAGUGCCUCAAAAGACGGAAUGGCGAUGGAAGUAGAAACCGCUUCCAUUGCAGAAAGUGGCAAAUCUUCUAUGGACAUCACAACAGACCCUGGCAAAAAUGUCAUGGCAUCUGGAGCUGUUGGCUCAAUUACUUGUUCCCUGCACCCCCUUGUUAUUAUGAAUGUCUCUGAACAUUGGACUAGAGAAAGGGCUCAAGAGGGUGCCGUUCAGCAAGUGAUAGGAGCACUAAUCGGCAAACAAAAAGGAAGAAACAUCGAAAUCAUGAAUUCAUUUGAAUUAGUAUUUACAGUUAUUGGAGGUGAUAUAGUAAUCGAUAGGGAUUAUUACAACAUGAAAGAAGAACAGUUCAAACAAGUAUUUAGUGAUAUGGACUUCAUUGGAUGGUAUACAACAGGCGACACCCCUAGUUCAACAGAUAUAAAAGUACAUAAGCAAAUCUGUGAAAUCAAUGAAUCUCCGAUUUUGUUAAAGUUAAAUCCUUACGAUAAAAAUAUAGAGCAUUUACCGGUUAAUUUAUACGAGUCUGUGAUAGAUUUAGUGAGUGGCGAGGCCACAAUGUUGUUCGUUCCUCUAACCUACACUCUAGCCACCGAAGAAGCCGAACGUAUCGGGGUGGACCAUGUUGCGAGGAUGACCUCCACCGAUUCCGGAGAGAGUUCUUUGGUUGCGGAACAUUUAACUGCCCAGUACAGUGCUAUUAAGAUGUUGCACUCGAGAGUGCGCCUCGUUUUGGAAUACAUGAAGGCAGUACAAAACGGGCAGCUGCCCAGGAACCACGAAAUACUUAGAGAGGCUUACUCUUUGUGCCACCGGCUGCCGGUCAUCCACGGGUCACGGUUCAGGCAAGAUUUCUAUAACCAAUGCAACGACGUGGGGCUGAUGACCUACCUGGGGACACUCACGAAGGGCUGCAACGACCUCAAUCAGUUCGUAAAUAAAUUCAACAUUUUGUACGACAGGCAAGGACUGGGGAGGAGGAUGAGGGGCAUAUUCUUUUAAGUUGCACUAGUUCAUUGUUCACGUGUUUAUUAAAAUCUGUAAUAGUAGUUAUAAACAAUCCUCCAUUACAAGA